AUGCAUUUUACAAAGAUCGGUUCCAAACCCGUCUCUCUGGACGAACCAACUCACGAAGGCUCCGAAAAACAACCCCGCGUGAAGGCCAGCGACCUUGGCUUCCAUGCGCCUGAUUAUGUCCUCGACGACAUCAUCCCGAUCACAGACCCAAAACUACUCUACUCCAACAUCCACGCCCAGCGUGACCGGCGACUUCGCCUUCUGAUUCGACGCUAUACGAACCAGAUCCAGUAUGGAUGUCGAAAUGUCAACUGUACCACCCCGACCUGUUUGAGCUUUAGGAAGAGGAACAGCACGGGACCAUUGAGAAAAUACACUGAGCUGAGUGCGAGGACGCUGGCGUGCCAGUUGGUGGACGACUACAAUCGACAUGGCAAGGAACCGUUCUCUGGCCUCUGCCAAAACGAGCCCGUUGUGCCGUGGUACGAGGACCCGGCCCUCAUCAAGAAAAGGAGGAAUAGUCAUGAGAAGGUCGGCCACCUGCGACAACAGGAAAAUGGACAUGUCCCAAAACCACCAGGUCUUGCACAGCAGCGCACCAAGGAUCCGUCCAAGCCGGUGCCGACAAUGGAGUGUGCGCCGCGAAGGUUCAGCCAAGACGGUGUGGUUCAGGCAGGCAGACGCCUGCGAGACGUGGAUACAUCUAUUGCAGAUGAUGUGGUGGAUGUCUUGAACUGCACCAUUCCCCCAAGCAACACGGAGAAGGAGCAACUCAGUGAACACGAGGCAAACGGUGGACUAGAGCAGCCUUCCGCGGCCCCUGCAAAACAGAAAGAUCUCGCUUCUUUUACGCAAACGUUAUUCGAUCUGGUGCCGCUGCGGCUUCUCAACUGGUUGCCAGCAAAAAGCAACGGUCACACGACCAAUGUUUCAAGACCGGCCGGACCGUCUGGCGAUCAGAAACAAGCCUCCGUCGAGGACACGCCGCAAGAUUUCCCUACGUCUACCGAAAGAACCGAUACAUUCUCUGAAGAAGAGACGGAUGAGCAAGAGUGCGCCUCGACAAGGCCACAUCAUCAACAGGCGUACAGCCUUCGAACAUUUACCUGGGUCACCCUCCCCUGGCUGAGGUGUGUGGGCCCGGACGAUGAAGGCUAUCAACGGAAAUUUGUUCCCUUUAUAAAACAAAGCCUUGUCUAUUGCCUCAGUGACCCUGAGCGGCUGAUGAAUACGGUCAAGAAUCUUCAAGCCAGUUAUUGGAAUGGUUUGAAGAAGAGACCGGAGCAGAAUGGUACGGGUUCGGAGGACAGACUCGAUGUCAAUCCGAGAAAGGAAUCUAUAAGCCCGUGGCCAGUCAUUUCUACAAGCACAAGAGACGAUGUGCAAGCGCUCUUGUUCAGCUUUGCUUUCAUUCAGAAGUUUGAGCAUCGUGAUCUGGUCAUGAACAGCAUAUUGAAUGCGCUACAGCACGCAUACUACUUGCCACCAUGGCUGCAAAGCAGACGACCAGGAAAGCACAGUCGAUCAGGCAGUGCAAGUUGCGAUCUGGCACUUUUCAAGAGACGCCAAUCUUCGGACGGCAACAGCUCGUACGAUCCACGAUUCCCGGAUUCUGCGGAGCUCGGUAUACUGUCGGAGGUCGACAAACCCUUGAUUCCACUCGAGGAUUCUCAGAUAACUGACCUGUGUUUUGUGGCACUAUUAUCCCUGGCAACCGCCAUCUUUCAUCCCCCCAAUGCAUCACUUUUCAAGGGAAAGGACCAAUUUGUCCGUUUUGCCCGGGAGAGAAACAGUGGACUUGCGCAUUCGUUCUGGCACGUCUUCAAAGGACGAGAUCUCAUGCUCAUACGUGAGAUUAUCGACGUCAUCGACAUCACCGAAGAUUGGGCUGUUCAUCGGUUGCUCACGGCUCUCAUGAAUGUUGUCAGUCAUAGGUUGACCGUGGGCAAGUGGGCGGCCACCCUAAAGAGCUCAGGCACGUCAAAGGCGAAUAAGACCACUGUCGUUGAGUCACUCAUUGAUCGGUUUGACCGAGACUACCUCAGUGGAUGGGGCCGAUUUGACAACAACUCCAGUUGGAUCGGCUUCGCUGCUCUCGAGCUCGGACGGACAGUCAUGCUCAAGGAUUGGGAUCGUUCUCCAGUUGUUCAGCGUGCAGGCCCCGUCGGCGGUGCCCUCGAACUCUUGGCUGGAUUGUACCGGGCACGACAUCAGCUGAAUUUGGAUGCAGAUUGGUUUCACAUGCCAUUCAUCGCUACCACCUUUGACGAUAUGUCCAUGCCAUCAGAAUGGUUAUCCUUUCGCCCAGACUCUCGACAAAUGCACCUGCUAUCUUUCUCCUUCCUCUUCCAACCCCACGUUCUGGUGAAGUAUUUUAGGGCAAUAAAUAUUGCGAUCAUGAAGAAGUCGCACGAGGACGCCACCAUUGUAUACAAUGAUAUCAGGCAAUAUAUGUGGGCACCUGCCAUCCCGAUCUACGGCGCAAAGGAAGUUCUGGCUCAUCUGCGGCCUCACAUGGCCAGGUACUUUGUGCUGACAAUCCGCCGACAUGAUGUCUUGAACGAUGCGAUCGAUCAAAUAUGGCGACGCCAACGCAGGGAGUUGAUGCGCCCUUUGCGAGUCCGCCUCGGUAAGGACGAGGGAGAAGAUGGGCUCGAUCAUGGCGGAGUCCAGCAAGAAUUCUUUAGAGUGGUUUUUGGAGAGGCACUCAGGCCAGAGUAUUCCAUGUUCACAGUCGACAGUACGACUAGGAUGGCUUGGUUCCAGCCAGGGUCUUUCGAACCACUCUACAGGUUUGAGGCUCUGGGGAUCCUGAUGUCCAUGGCUAUCUAUAAUGGGAUCACUCUACCGAUCACCAUGCCAUUGGCAUUCUACCGGAAGCUCCUGGGGCUCAAGGUGAAGAAGCUCGACCAUAUCGCUGAUGGCUGGCCUGAAUUGACUAAAGGCUUAAAAGCGCUUCUGGAGUGGUCUGAUGGGGACGUCGGGGAGGUGAUUGCGAGGACCUACGAGUUCAGCUACGAGCUCUGUGGGACCACUGUCACGGUGGACAUGCAGAAGGUUGGUCGGCAUGACCCUUGGCCACCGACCAAGCCGCGGACGAGCAAGAAAGGCAAAGAAAAGUCCAAGUCCACCUCUUUCGAGUUGCCGCUAGAACCAGCCUUGACCCCGCCUCCUCAGCCAUCACCCAACAUGGCACCUAACCUGCCGAACGGUUCGAUCUUGAGUCGGACCUCGUCCAUCGAAAUCAAGGGCAUAUCGACGCCCUUGAGCAUCGACAGUGACAUGCUGGAGAAUAAUUCAGGAGAAGAAGAAGCCGCGCUGGUCACCAACGCCAACCGCGAACAAUACGUGAAAGACUACAUCCUGUGGCUGACGCACAAGUCCAUCGAACCACAAUACGAAGCCUUUGCCAGGGGGUUCUACACCUGCCUCGACCGCACGGCUCUAUCCAUCUUCAACCCCGAAUCCCUCAAGGCCCUGAUCGAGGGGUACCCGGAGAUUGACAUUGACGAGCUCCAAAUGACCGCCACCUACGACGAAUAUACCCCCGACUCCCCCACCAUUGUCGACUUUUGGCACAUUGUCCGCAGCAUGAGCACCAUGCAACAUCGACAACUCCUCGAGUUUGUGACCGCGAGUGACCGCGUGCCUGUCAAUGGCAUGCAGAGCGUCACGUUCAUUGUGCAGAAGAACGGCGAAGAGGAUGAUAGAUUGCCCAGCAGCAGUACCUGUUAUGGGAGGUUGUUGUUGCCGCAGUACUCGAGUCGCAAGGUCAUGGAGGAGAAACUGACAAAGGCGAUUGAGAAUUGUGUGGGCUUUGGGACGCUGUGA